GAGGCGGCGGGGUGAUGGCGGUGGAAACUCUGUCCCCAGACUGGGACUUCGACCGCGUGGAUGACGGCUCGCAGAAAAUUCAUGCAGAAGUCCAGCUGAAGAAUUAUGGGAAGUUUCUGGAGGAAUAUACCUCUCACCUGAGAAGAGUUGAGGAUGCUCUGGAUGACUCGAUUGGAGACGUUUGGGAUUUCAAUCUUGAUCCCAUAGCAUUAAAGCUUCUGCCCUGUGAGCAGUCUUCCCUUUUGGAACUCAUAAAGACUGAAAACAAGGUCUUAAACAAAGUCAUCACUGUUUAUGCUGCACUUUGUUGUGAAAUCAAGAAAUUAAAGUAUGAGGCUGAAAUGAAAUUUUAUAAUGGCCUGCUGUUUUAUGGAGAAGGAGCUACAGAUUCCAGCAUGGUGGAAGGUGAAUGUCAAAUUCAAAUGGGGAGAUUUGUUUCAUUCUUACAGGAACUGUCUUGUUUUGUUACGAGGUGCUAUGAAGUGGUGAUGAAUGUAGUCCAUCAAUUGGCUGCCCUCUAUAUCAGUAACAAGAUUGCACCCAAAAUCAUAGAGACAACUGGCGUUCAUUUUCAGACUAUGUAUGAGCACUUGGGAGAGUUGCUAACAGUGUUGCUCACCCUGGAUGAGAUUAUUGAUAAUCAUAUCACAUUGAAAGACCACUGGACUAUGUACAAAAGAUUACUGAAAUCUGUGCAUCAUAAUCCUUCCAAGUUCGGGAUUCAAGAAGAAAAACUAAAACCAUUUGAAAAGUUCUUACUGAAGCUGGAAGGGCAAUUACUUGAUGGAAUGAUAUUCCAGGCCUGUAUAGAACAGCAGUUUGAUUCCCUAAAUGGAGGUGUAUUCGUGUCCAAGAAUAGCACUUUUGCUGAAGAAUUUGCACAUAGCAUUCGCUCAAUUUUUUCCAACGUAGAAGCCAAACUUGGAGAGCCUUCCGAAAUCGACCAAAGGGACAAGUAUGUUGGCAUCUGUGGCCUCUUCGUGCUGCACUUUCAGAUUUUUCGAACUGUGGAUAAAAAGUUUUAUAAGGCGUUAUUGGACAUUUGUAAGAAGGUACCAGCCAUCACGCUAACUGCUAAUAUUAUAUGGUUUCCUGAUACUUUUCUGAUCCAGAAAAUUCCAACAGCUGCCAAACUUCUAGACAGGAAAAGUCUUCAAACCGUCAAAAUGCACAGGGACUCGUUCCUGCAGCAGAAAGCCCAGUUGCUUACAAAAGAUGUGCAGUCUUACUACGUCUUUGUGAGCUCGUGGAUGAUGAAAAUGGAAUCUAUUUUAUCUAAAGAGCAGAGAAUGGAUAAAUUUGCUGAAGACCUCACCAAUAGAUGUAAUAUUUUUAUACAGGGCUUCUUGUAUGCGUAUAGUAUUAGUACAAUUAUUAAAACCACAAUGAAUCUCUACAUGUCCAUGCAAAAGCCAAUGACCAAAACCUCAGUGAAGGCAUUAUGCAGGCUUGUUGAACUUCUUAAGGCAAUAGAGCAUAUGUUCUACCGAAGAAGCAUGGUUGUGGCGGAUUCUGUUUCACAUAUAACACAGCAUCUGCAACAUCAGGCUCUUCAUUCCAUUUCUGUGGCCAAGAAAAGGGUGAUUUCUGACAAAAAAUACAGCGAACAGCGCCUUGAUGUCCUGUCUGCUCUCGUGCUGGCUGAAAACACUCUCAAUGGACCAAGCACGAGACAGCGCCGGCUGAUCGUGGCUCUGGCCCUGAGUGUGGGCACACAGAUGAAAACAUUUAAGGACGAGGAACUCUUUCCACUUCAAGUCGUCAUGAAAAAACUGGCUCUCAUCAGUGAACUGAGAGAAAGAAUCCAAACCCAGUGUGACUGCUGUUUUUUAUACUGGCAUCGAGCUGUCUUCCCAAUUUAUUUAGAUGAUGUGUAUGAAAAUGCUGUGGAUGCCGCCAGAUUACAUUACAUGUUCAGUGCUUUACGUGACUGUGUCCCUGCCAUGAUGCACGCCAGGCAUUUAGAGUCCUAUCAGAGACUUCUGGAUUGCUACGACAAGGAAAUUAUGGAGAUUUUAAAUGAGCAUUUGCUGGACAAGUUGUGCAAAGAAAUCGAGAAGGACCUUCGCCUUUCUGUGCACACGCACCUGAAACUGGAUGACCGGAACCCGUUCAGAGUCGGCAUAAAAGACCUGGCCCUCUUCUUCUCUCUGAAGCCAAUUCGGUUUUUCAACCGUUUCAUUGACAUUCGAGCUUAUGUAACUCACUACCUGGACAAGACUUUCUACAAUCUAACGACAGUAGCCCUUCAUGACUGGGCCACGUACAGUGAAAUGCGAAACCUCGCGACUCAGCGGUAUGGCUUGGUCAUGACGGAGGCCCACCUCCCGAGUCAGACUUUGGAGCAGGGUCUUGAUGUUUUGGAAAUUAUGAGAAACAUUCAUAUAUUUGUGUCUCGAUACCUCUAUAAUCUCAAUAAUCAGAUCUUUAUUGAACGAACAAGCAACAACAAACACUUGAAUACAAUAAAUAUUCGGCAUAUAGCCAAUUCUAUUCGAACACAUGGCACAGGAAUCAUGAAUACAACGGUUAAUUUCACCUACCAGUUUUUGAAAAAGAAGUUCUAUAUAUUUAGCCAGUUUAUGUAUGAUGAACAUAUCAAAUCCAGAUUGAUUAAAGACAUUCGAUUUUUCCGGGAAAUCAAGGACCAAAAUGAUCAUAAGUACCCUUUUGAAAGAGCAGAAAAGUUCAACCGAGGCAUCAGAAAACUCGGGAUAACUCCAGAGGGACAGAGCUACCUCGAUCAGUUCAGGCAACUCAUCAGCCACAUUGGUAAUGCUAUGGGCUAUAUACGAAUGAUAAGAUCUGGUGGUCUUCAUUGUAGCAGCAAUGCCAUUAGAUUUGUGCCAGAUCUUGAAGAUAUUGUCAAUUUUGAAGAACUGGUAAAAGAAGAAGGUCUUGCAGAAGAAACACUAAAAGCAGCAAGGCAUUUGGAUGCAGUCCUCAGCGAUCACACAAGGAACUCUGCUGAAGGCACCGAGUAUUUCAAAAUGCUUGUGGAUGUUUUUGCUCCGGAAUUUCGAAGGCCAAAGAAUAUACAUCUCAAAAAUUUCUAUAUCAUUGUUCCCCCUCUGGCCCUCAACUUUGUGGAACAUUCCAUUAGCUGCAAGGAAAAAUUGAGUAAAAAGAACAAAGCUGGAGCUGCUUUUACCGAUGACGGCUUUGCCAUGGGUGUGGCCUACAUUCUGAAGCUGUUGGAUCAGUACCAGGAGUUUGACUCACUUCACUGGUUCCAGUCAGUCAGGGAGAAGUACCUGAAGGAGAUCAGAGCGGUUGCUAAGCAACAGAGCGUGCAGUCGGUGGGUCAGGAUGAAAAGCUGCUGCAAACCAUGAAUCUCACUCAGAAGCGACUGGAUGUCUACCUGCAGGAAUUUGAACUGCUCUAUUUCUCACUGAGCAGUGCAAGGAUCUUCUUCCGAGCAGACAAAACGGCAGCUGAGGAGAGCCAGGAGAAGAAAGAGAAGGAAGAAGAAACGAAAACAAGCAACGGCGACCUAUCGGACAGCACCGCGUCUGCUGAGCCCGUGGUGAAAUGACCCGAGAGCGUCUGCCCACUGGUGCAGUCACAUGGGUGUUCAUAAGCUCCCGCGAUUUGUUUCCUGGGUCAGCUCCUGGGACGUAUUUCAGUGCUGCGCUUUUUAAGUGGCAUUCUGAAGUGAAGUCCAUUCUCCUUCCAAAUGCUCUACUCUGCAGUGGUUGAGAAUGAGAUUUAAAAUGGACUUUUAGUGCCUAGGAAGCCGUUUGGGAAGAGAAGUUCUUAAAGGGCCAAUCCCAGAUCCAAAACCGCCACCUCAGACCCUUACAGUUGACAUGACUGUUUCUGAUUUGUACUCACCAAGGUUCCUGAUGGCACGGUGCCUUCAGGCUUUGGGAAUUCAUUGCAUAUGCCAUGUACAGCCAGUAAACACAUACCUUUCAAAAAGGAAUUGAGCCUGAAAUUCAUGGUAGAUGUAUCCUCCUCCUGAAAGGCAUGUGUGAGGAUGAUGUGGGCACAGGAGGAGAGGCAGGUCGGGGGUGUGGGCACCCUUCUGUUGACUACCAACAGAUGAUGAUCCCUUCGUUGUUAACGUCGUGUUACUCCCAAGAGACAUUCUCUACUAGUUUACAUCGCCUGGGGAACAUUUAACCUCCAACAACUGCUUUAAAUUUAAGAAUUAUGUCAGACUGGAGAUGAGUAGAAAUCCCGAUAAGCCAUAUAGUCCUGCUUGAAGCUUCACUUCCGUUUGAAGGUUGAACCGUUUCAGAGAAUACAGAACCAAUUCUUAUUUUUACAUCCAAACUCAGGUUUCUUCUCCAUUAAGCUUCAGUUGAAAUCCUAUCGAUGGUUUGGACAGACUUUUCCUUUAAACCAAGUAUGAUCUCAUUGCCCUGUGCAGGCUUUAAAAAACAAAACAACACUGUGAGAAUAAAAUUCGGAUCUAGUCAUUCAUUGGUUUAAAAAGUACAGAAAGGUUUGGAGUAAAUUCAGUUUCUGGUGAGUUGCUUCCUUUCUUUUGUAAAGAGUGUGCAGGCUGGAGGUUAAUCACGGCCUGUAAUCUUUUAAGACAAUAAAAUGAUCCCUCUAAAUAUACUACAGACAUCAUUUUGGGAAAUGCUUGAUUUUUACCAUUGCAUUUGCCUGCUACGCAUUGAUUGGAAUCGUUCCUGCAAGCAAUGCUAACAUAGUUCUUUGAGUUCCAGAGCUUUUAGGAUGGGUGUACAAUGCCCCAUCUGUAGUCAUUGGUUCAAUAGGCAGGAUAGCUUUCCCACCCCAAGAUAAAUGAGUUCAUUGUUGAAAGCCAGAAGAAACAGAAUAUGUAGGGAAUUUUUAUUAAGUAAACACGAUUUACAGAAUUAUGAUCUAAGAAUGAAUUGAAGGCAUUUAAUUUUUAUAAUUUACACUAACUAUAGAAAUGGCCCUAAAGCAUGCUGCAUAAUAAAUAACUUAAUUUUCA